AUGGGGAAUUUGCAGGAUAUGCUCAAGGUCCGGCACAAGAGCAGAACCGACCGGCUGACGGAGUCAGAGAAGCUGCUCAAAACGCGAUUACGCCAGGCCCAGAUGAAGAGAAGGAUUGGCAGUGUGCAUGUUUUGCAUCAGCAGAACGCAUUGGCACAGAUAAAGUUUGAUAUAACAGACCUGCUACGCGUUCAGGUUCCUCAUGAAAAUCCAUUAGUCGUUAGUCUGAUAGUUGCAGAAUGCCUGGUGCGAAGAGUUCUGAUUGAUCCAGGAAGCAGUGUAAAUGUCAUGCCCAGAAUAACGUUCGACCGGCUCGAGAUCGAACCCGAGAAGCUCAAAGCCACAGGAAAUCCAUUGCUAGGAUUUAAUGAGAAGCAGGUGGAGCCCAUUGGUAUGGUGGAAUUAACAGUGCAAGCUGCUAAGAGAAUUCUGACUGAGAGUUUUGUGGUCGUAGAAAUCCAUCCAUCUUACAACCUCUUGAUGGGAAGAGGGUGGAUUCACAGAGUUCAGGGUGUCCCAUCAACUCUACAUCAAGUGAUGCGAUGCUUGGGUCCAAAUGGGACCAAGGUGAUUGAUAUUCAUGGGGACCAGGAUCCUCCACCCAACAAGAGUGGGGAGGAGAAGCCGUCAGUUCUGACUGAAGAACCUCUUCUUGAUGUGCAGAUCGGCCAUAAGAAGCCAGAUCGAACAACGAGGGUGGGAUCAAAACUUGUUGAAGAGGAAAAACAAUGGUUGAUUGAUUUCUUGACUCAGAAUGCAGAUAUGUUCGCGUGGAGCCAUUCAGACAUGCCGAGAAUUAGUCCUUUUGUGUCCUAUCAUUUCCUCAAUGUAGAUCCGAACGCAAAGCCUGUGAAGCAGAAGCAGAGAAGAUUCGCUCCAGAACGCAAUCGAAUCAUAGCUCAGGAGAUUAAUCGGUUGCUCGAUGCAAGAUUCAUUAGAGAGGACAACUUCACAUUGCCAAUGAUUGAUCAAAUGGUGGAUGCCACUACUGGGUACGAACGGUUAACCUUCCUGGAUGCUUACUCAGGUUACAAUCAGAUCCCCAUGGACCAGAUUGAUGAAGAGAAAACUUCUUUUGUUACUGAACGUGGGACCUACUGCUAUAAAGUCAUGCCGUUCGGACUAAAGAAUGUUGGAGCUACUUAUCAGAUGUUAAUCAGCAAGAUUUUCAAAAGUCAAAUGGGGAGAAUUGUGGAGGCUUGCAUUGAUGAUAUGGUGGUAAAGAGUAAGAAGAAGAAUGACCACUUGGAGCACUUACAGGAUGUGUUUGGUGUGUUGAGGAAGUACGAAAUGAAGUUUAAUCCAACCAAAUGCUCAUUCGGCGUAAGCUCUGGCCAAUUCUUCGGGUAUGUGGUCAAUUAUAGAGGAAUUGAGGCUAGCCCAACCCAGGCGGAAGCUCUGAUCAGAAAUGCAGGACCAAAGACAAUUAAAGAAGUGCAAGCACUCACAGGUCGAAUAGCUGCACUGAGUCGGUUCAUUUCGAAGCUUUCAGACCGCUGUAAACCAUUUUUUGACACGAUACGAGGCCAUGGAAGACAAGCCUGGGGGAUGAAUAACGACAGGCAUUGA